AUGGAUGUGUACGUUAUUCCGGUCACUUUCCAAGUGGAUGGAUGUAGUAGUCAUCAUGCUUGCGUAAACAAACACCAACUCCAACUCAAGAACCGCAAGCAGAGGAAAACAAUUGUACAACAAUUGUACAAUUUAGGAAAAAUUCGACGAGUAUUUGUACAAUCGUGUGCUACAUGCAUAUGCACUGCACUUAGAUUGAAUGCUGCCAUCGUUCCAUACAUUAUGUCAAAGGAAACUAACGCGGUCAAGGAGAAAGAAAGAAAAAGGCGUGUAAGUGAUGAACUGAAUGAGAAUGAUGAUUUGAGCAAAAAAGGCUCGUGGGCGGCGGUAAUGGCAGCUUCUGCUAAUGCACCGAAGAAAAUGGAACAAAAGAAGGAGCAGCCGGUAGAUGAUGACAAGGACGAACUUCUGCGUGAACUAAAAAGAGCCACUUUGUAUAACACUGUCGUUUUUGGUGGCGCCAAAUUUCCGCUGUCAGCCAUCGGCCCGGCGAUUUUCGUUGUGUUUUGCAAUAAAAUCAAAGUUGAUGUAAACGCCUCAAUGGUUCGUCGCGUGGAACCCCUAAAGGAUGGAUCAGUUCUUGUCGACUUCGUCGAUAUUCUUGAUAGAAACUCUGUCCUUGUGCGUCUCAGAGAGAAGGCUCAACAAGGAGUGCUUCCGCCAACAUUUUUCGCACGUCGACAUCCCCUUUGGGGUCCAGAAGCUCCUGAUUUUCAAGAGAUCCUACCUUUUGUUGUAGAGACUGAGCCGGGUCCAAGCAGACCUACGGCAUUCAAUGAUCGCGUUAACUUCAUCCAAGAAAUGUUCAUGAAAGGCGAAAUUGAUAAGGGGACGGCGACGAAAUUUUUUGCUGCUAUGCUGCGCGACAAAGAGUGACAGAACAUGGUGAAGAUCCUGCGAUUGCAAUUCUUUGCGAUACUUUUAUACUAUGCUUUUAUGCUUCAACAUCAUGCUUUGCUUUUUUUCUGAUCUUAUUUACAGCGUGUUUGAAGAGUGGCUUGGCUUUUUGGCUUUCUUUUUUCUACUGCGAUUCAUCACUCGAUUUAUGCGGCAUGGAAUACCAACACUAAAAAAAUGCUAUCUCAUACAAAUCUGGAGCAUUUUUUGUUUAUCUGGAGGAAGAUGUGUCUUGAAAAGGACCGAAUCGGCUCGAAAUUGCGAAAACCGUUGACAA